CAAACUCUUUUGACCCACUCACUUACAAGUAUCAGAACCUCCAAUCUUAACAUCAUGGUCAACUCCUGUUGUGGCUCUGUCUGUUCUGAGCAGGGCUGCUGCCAGCCCAGCUGCUGCCAAACCACCUGCUACAGAACCACCUGCUGCCGCCCCAGCUGCUGUGUGUCCAGCUGCUGCAGACCCCAGUGCUGUCAGUCAGUGUGCUGCCAGCCUUGCUGCCGCCCCUCCUGCUGCAUCUCUAGCUGCUGUCGUCCCUCUGGCUGUGGCUCCAGCUGCUGCCAGCCCUGCUGCCGCCCCUCCUGCUGCAUCUCUAGCUGCUGUCGUCCCUCUGGCUGUGGCUCCAGCUGCUGUGGCUCCAGCUGCUGCCAGCCUUGCUGCCGGCCCUGCUGCCGGCCCUGCUGCUGCCUGCGCCCAGUGUGUGGCCAGGUCUCCUGCCACUCCACUUGCUACCGCCCCACCUGUGUCAUUUCCACCUGCCCCCGUCCCAUGUGCUGUGCCAUCCCUUGCUCUUGCUACUGAGCUCCCUGCCCUGUGACCACCAUGCCAUUUUACCUCUGUCUUCACAGAAAUAGAUCAUCCUUUUUUUUUUUUUACUGACCAUUAGGAUACAUGAAAUAGGGUUAAUGUCAAUCAACUGAAUUAAGUUCCAUGAUUACAAUGAUGCACUAAGUCAUAGUCUAAAGAAGAUGGAUAUUAUCUGAAGCAGACAAAGAAAUAGAUUUUGCCCUUCAGUGUGAUAACUGAUGAGGUCAUUCUCUUACCUUCCUUUUUCAAGAAUUUCCUUUAACCUGAUAUAGUUCUACACCAAAAUAAAGUUACCUUUUCUGCAUUAAAAAUCGUUUUAAUUGUC